UGCGGUCUUUACCUCAUUACUUAAAUAAAACCCUGCUUCACGCUUCUCUUCUCAUUUCCUCUCACCCACUCUCUCUUCUUCCUACUCACUCCACAGUACCUCGCUUUCACUCUCCUUUUUCUGCACUCAUGGGCAAGGUCAAGAUCGGAAUCAACGGAUUUGGAAGAAUCGGCCGUUUGGUGGCCAGGGUUGCUCUGCAGAGAGACGAUGUUGAACUCGUUGCCGUCAACGAUCCUUUCAUUUCCACUGAUUACAUGACCUACAUGUUUAAGUAUGACAGUGUUCACGGCCACUGGAAACAUACCGAUGUAACCGUCAAGGACGAAAAGACUCUUCUCUUUGGUGGGAAGGCAGUUGCCGUGUUUGGACACAGAAACCCUGAGGAGAUCCCUUGGGGUGAGACUGGAGCUGAUAUCAUCGUUGAGUCCACCGGAGUUUUCACAGACAAGGAGAAGGCCGCUGCUCAUUUGAAGGGUGGUGCAAAGAAGGUUAUUAUUUCGGCCCCAAGUAAGGAUGCUCCCAUGUUUGUCGUUGGUGUUAACGAGCACGAGUACAAGUCAGAGCUUGAUGUUAUUUCUAAUGCUAGCUGCACAACCAACUGCCUUGCUCCACUUGCAAAGGUUAUUAAUGAUAGGUUUGGCAUUGUUGAGGGUUUGAUGACCACUGUUCAUUCUAUAACCGCCACCCAGAAAACUGUUGAUGGGCCAUCCAGCAAAGACUGGAGAGGUGGAAGAGCUGCUUCAUUUAACAUCAUUCCUAGCAGUACUGGAGCUGCCAAGGCUGUUGGGAAAGUUCUUCCUGCUUUGAAUGGAAAAUUGACUGGAAUGGCAUUCCGUGUUCCUACUGUGGAUGUCUCUGUUGUUGAUCUCACAGUGAGGCUGGAGAAGGCAGCCACCUAUGACCAGAUUAAAAGUGCUAUCAAGGAAGAGUCAGAGGGCAAGUUGAAGGGAAUUCUUGGUUACACUGAAGAUGACGUAGUCUCCACUGACUUCGUCGGUGAUAACAGGUCAAGCAUUUUUGAUGCGAAGGCAGGAAUUGCUUUGAGUCCUAAUUUUGUGAAACUUGUGUCAUGGUAUGACAACGAGUGGGGUUACAGCACCCGCGUGGUUGACCUGAUUGCUCACGUUGCCAAGAUUUCAAAGAUUUCAAACUAAAGUGGUACUGCAAAUUAGCCAGGCCUACAUAUGAAUACCGUAUGUUUAUGUCUAGCUGCAAUUUAGCUUCGUGUUCAUGUUAAAAUGAGUAGUCUGAAUAAACUGGUUUCCAGAACCAGUGGUGUUGCUCUCUGGGGAAUGUUAACUCUUUUUUUUUUUUUUUUGGCUUUUUUGCUGCCUCUCGUGGAGGGGAUGGAGUUUUUGGAUUUUUAUAUAUUCGCUGAUGUACUUGGAUUUUAUCUGUUGUGAUGGAAGAUGAUUUGCCAUCCUCUUUUUUUCA